GAGGCGGCGCCGGCGGGCGGGCAAAGCUCAGUGUGAGGCGAGACGCCGCAGCGCGUAGGUCGCUCCGUGUGUGCAGCCCCGCGCCGCCGCCGCCCCAGCUCCCAGCGCACCCGCGACGAGCCGCCAUGGCUGAUCAACUGACAGAAGAGCAGAUUGCAGAGUUCAAAGAAGCUUUUUCACUAUUUGACAAGGAUGGUGAUGGUACUAUAACUACAAAGGAGUUGGGGACAGUGAUGAGAUCGCUUGGUCAAAACCCCACAGAAGCAGAGCUACAGGAUAUGAUCAAUGAAGUAGAUGCUGAUGGCAAUGGCACAAUUGACUUCCCAGAGUUUCUGACAAUGAUGGCAAGAAAAAUGAAAGAUACAGAUAGUGAAGAAGAAAUUAGAGAAGCGUUCCGUGUCUUUGACAAGGAUGGCAAUGGUUAUAUUAGUGCUGCAGAACUCCGUCAUGUGAUGACAAAUCUUGGGGAGAAGCUAACAGAUGAAGAAGUUGAUGAAAUGAUUAGGGAAGCAGACAUUGAUGGUGAUGGUCAAGUAAACUAUGAAGAGUUUGUACAAAUGAUGACAGCGAAGUGAAGACGUUGUACAGAAUGUGUUAAAUUUCUUGUACAAAAUUGUUUAUUUGCCUUUUCUCUGUUUGUAACUUAUCUGUAAAAGGUUUUUCCCUUACUGUCAAAAGAAUAUGCAUGUAUAGUAAUUAGAAGGCCAUUCCUCCAUGUUUUUCUCCUUUAUCUUACUGUCAUUGUUCUGAUUUUUGGAAAAUUGAUCUAAGUAACAAAUGUUGCAUGUGGCUUACUCUGGAUAUUUAAGCCCUUCUGCACAUCUAAAGUUAGAUGGAAUUGGUUAACUGAGGGAACAUCUGGAUUGUCUGUUUAAAAAGUAGCUUUCUUUAGGAGACUUAGGUAUGACUAGUGUAGCAAGUUACAUAAAGUAAGCUAGGGUUUACUGUGCAUUAGCGGUUCCUUAGUUAAAGCGGCACAUUGGCUCUAGUUCUGCAGUACAUAAAGGAGUUUAAUCUGUGUUUGGUGAUAGAGGUAAGGACUCUUGCAGCUAGCUGCAGGAUAAAAUUGUGUGAAUAGUAUAUAUACAUGUGGCUAAUGCACUGUAAAAAUCAUGCUCCUAGCUUACUUCACAGUAACUUGUUUGUGGCCAUACCUGUAACAUGUUGUUGAAGUGUGGAGUCUUAACGUUGUGGACGAUUGACAGUCAACAAUAUGAAACUUAAGUUGCACUAAUGCAAAACGGGUGAUUUAUCCAGGUACUCGUACACAAGUUUUUUUUGUACUGCUGGUCCUGUACCAGAAAACAUUUUUCUCCUCUUGUUACUAUGCUUUUUAAACUUUGUUUAGCCACUUAUUUUCAAAAAAAUCUGCUUCUGGCACGAUUUGCCUCAAAUCCAUUCCAAGUUGUAUAUUUGUUUUCCAAUAAAAAAUUACAAUUUACCCAUACUGUUUCAA